AUGAUUCCUGAAGACAACUCUCAACUUCAGGGUUUCAUGGGAGCUGAGACCAGAGAACAUCCAAUCCAGGAUCAAAUACUGAAUUCCUUGGUUGGUGUCACUUGGGUGGAGGAGAGUCACAGUACCCAUUUGAGUGGGGCUUGCCUGCUCCCCUCACACCCUGUCCUCUCCUGUUCUCCAGCAUGGUGUCUUCUGUAUUUCUCCGGAGGCUCCUGGAUGGCAGCUCUGACAGUGAUACUGAUGGUGCUGAGCCCUCCCCUGGCCUGGGCCAGGGAGACCCAACAGGAUUUCCUGUACCAGUUUAAGAGCUACUGUUACUUCACCAACGGCACGGAGCGGGUGCGGUACGUGACCAGAUACAUCUAUAACCGGGAGGAGUACGUGAGCUUCGACAGCGACGUGGGCGAGUACCGGGCGGUGAGCGAGCUGGGCCGGCCGUCCGCCGAGUACUGGAACAGCCAGAAGGACCUCCUGGAGCAGAAACGGGCCAAGGUGGACACGUACUGCAGACACAACUACGGGGCUGUGGAGAGCUUCACGGUGCAGCGGCGAGUGGCGCCUACAGUGACUGUGUAUCCUGCAAAGACACAGCCCCUGCAGCACCACAACCUCCUGGUCUGCUCUGUGAAUGGUUUCUAUCCAGGCCACAUUGAAGUCAGGUGGUUCCGGAACGGCCAGGAAGAGGAGGCUGGGGUGGUUUCCACAGGCCUGAUCCCUAAUGGGGACUGGACCUUCCAGACCAUGGUGAUGCUUGAAACAGUCCCUCAGAGUGGAGAGGUCUACACCUGCCAUGUGGAGCACCCCAGCCGGACGAGCCCUCUCACAGUGGAAUGGAGGGCACAGUCUGAAUCUGCUCAGAGCAAGAUGAUGAGUGGAAUCGGAGGCUUUGUUCUGGGUCUGCUCUUCCUUGGGGUGGGGCUGUUCAUCUACUUCAGGAAUCAGAAAGGACACUCUGGACUUCAGCCAACAGGACUCCUGAGCUGAAGGGAGGAUGGUGACACUCAAGCAAAAACCUUCUGUCCCGGCUUCUUCGCAGCAUGAAAAUGUUUCCUGCUUUGCUGUAAUUCUUCCACAACGAUAGUACUUCUCAGGAUCUAGUUUGCUCUUGGUUGAGUGACCCUGCAGAAAAUGUCCUUCUUGAUGGCUUCCUCAGCCCCUAUCCUUGACCUGGAAGUCCCCAAUAUUGAUUGCAAUACCUUAUCUUCAUUUUUUCCUGGUCCCUUUUGUUUUUAACCAUUACUGCCUCCUGUGCAUCUGAACUCAUCUUCUGCCCACUUUUCUUUUUAAAGUCUUUCUCAAAUAAAUAUGGAUGAAAAUCA